ACCGCAAAAGUCAAAACAACUCUCAAUCGGAUCUGCGUUUUGCAAAAAGUAAAAACUAGUAAACUGAUUUAAAAAAUAUACAUAAUCACCGGAUCUUAAUGCCAAAAAUCUCAAAAAUUCAACUAAUUUAUAAUUAAGAUGAGUGUUCGUACAUCUACAUUGUGUCAUCCUUCUCCAUGUGAACUUGUUUCGGCAAUAUAAAGUUACUUUUUCUAAUCGUUACGCCUAGCCAUUAUUUUAUCGGACCAAUAUAUCCCACACACAUGGGUAUGACGAUUAAAGAUCUUUAGGCGAAUAAAAAACACCGCAAAACAUGGAAAAUAUCACUCAAUGUUUUUCUUUCAAUUACAAACACAUUUUGCUUGACGAGAUAGCAUUAGAUGGUCUGCAAGGCAUAGGAAUCGAAUUACUAUGGAGACGUAUGGAAAAGCGCAUUGGUACAAACCUGACUCCUAAGAUGAAAGAAAAAUUUUGGAUGUUCAUAACUAACACUGAAUCAAUAGCAGUCUAUAUUGUUUCCGAACCUCCACCUCUCAUAGAUAUCAUAGAUCGUUUCACAAUCGUUGACGAAACUACAGGAUAUAUGUCAGACCCUAGCAGUUUUUUAGAUGGCCCCUAUGAAUGGUGCCCAAUUGUGAAUAAAUACGGAUCAUGUUCUAAUUUUGAUACUAGAAUACUGCUAGAAAAUAAUGACAUACAGGCAACAACACAUGAAGAGGUCAGAUUACAGUAUGGGGACAAAAUUGUACUGGUAGCAUCCUUAGAAGAGAGAUGGCAUGCCUUGGCUCCGCAUUUACCAAUCAUCUACUUGAAUCAUCUCACAACAGUACACUAUGGGUUGCUGGAGUGUAUUGGUAAGGGGAGGGAAAAUGGGCAAAUGACUAUUGGCACAACCAAUCUCAGCAAGAUCAUAAAAGAGCCAAAACUAUUAUUUUACAAUAGAAGUGUUCUACAAAAACUUGACUUAAUUGAAGUACAACACACCACACAAAUCACCUAUGGCAAAGCAAUGAAAAGCAUAUUACUGCGCCUAAAAAGAUUUAAACAACCUGCAACGGGAAGUCUUCCUAAGGUUGGCCUUAUAGCUAACAUGGUUGAAUAUUUAUUAGAACAGCCCAAUCAUUCAGAAAUAAAUGAAGUUAUGAUUAGGAAAAGAAUUAUGUCACCAAAAGAUAGUAAGCGGUUCCAGAAAGCAACAAAUAUCUUUACUUUUGAUGAAAGAGAUGUUAAAGUUACGAAAAAGAAAAAUUCUAAAGGUGAGAAACAAACUGAAAUUGUAAAAAAAAAGUUUAUAUCACUUGUGCAAAGAAGUGAUGUAUCGUCAUCAGAUGAUGAAGGUGAAAGUAUGACUUUGCCAUGCCAGUACAAAGUUGGUGUUGGUUUAAUGAGGCAAGCAUAUGAAAGAAUAUUGGAUGCAGGUCUUAAAGGUCUGACUCAAACUGAAAUAGCUCAACUUCUUGGUGUAGAAUUUUAUACUAGCAGAACUAUUUGCAGAAUUUUCAAAACUAAAAACCUUGUAAGAGAAUUUCUAGAAGAUAAAGGCAGACAAAGAACUGCAAGAUACAUAGCUUUAGCAGCCACAAAGGAAAUUGAUAAGGAAUAUGCAAAAGAAAAAAAUAUGCUACUUGAGCAUGUAAAACGUACAAAAGAAACAAGUGAAGCUAUUAUAAAAGAAAAUAAUUCUGAUAGUGAUAUACCUUUUAAGAAACAAAAACUUGAAGAGGACAACAGACUCGUUGAAAAAAUUAAAAAAGAAGUCACGGAAAAUAGUUUAAGUGAAAUAACAAUAUUAGAAGGUUUUGAGAGUAUUAAAGAGUCCCUUUUAAACGCGAAAAAAAAUCUAACGUUAAGACAACUAAAGUUUGCUAAUGGAAUUUUGAAAGUAGUUAAACAACAUAGUUAUGUUCUUGGCUUUCAAACAUUAAGUAUGUUAGUGUCGAAAGAAAUAGGAGAACCGCCAAUGGACACAAAAGGGCUCAAAAAAUUCGUGCAAAAAUUAAUGACUGAUGGUCAGUUGAAAGUUAUGAAAAUUACUAAACCAAAUAAAUUUUAUUUUCUUAUUUGUGCUCCCAAUAUUAAAACGACAGAUGAUGUAAUAAAAAAUAUUUACAUGCAACUAUGUCCCAAGCCAGUAUUGAAAACAAAAUCUAAAUUACGAAAACCAGACCCUGCUAGGCCGAAAUGGCAAUUUAUAUAUCAGAGGUAUAUAAAAAUCCAGAAAUUACACGAAUUUGUUACUAAAUUUGUGUACUUCCAUGAUAAAUCUCAAACUUAUUCUGAUGAUGAUUCUCAAACUAAUUUUGCACCUGGGUUUACGUCCUUGUUAACUAUUAUACCAGAAAUGACUAUUGAAUAUGCUCUAAGUAAUUUAAACAAUUUGGAAACGUCAGAUGUUGCUAACUUGGAAAUAGAAAAACAAUCUUUAGAGUUAAAAAUACGAGAUGCCCCAGAAAAAUUGAAAAAACUUCUAUCGCAGUCGCAGAGUAUUCAAAAUUCUAUAAAAAUUAUUCUAAAAAUUCUAGCUGCUCUUGGCCUUAUACAACUAGUUCAUACUCAAUCUACGUCGAGAAGAAAUUCAGCUAGUUCAUGUGUUUUCUAUGUAAACCGGCGCGCAAAGAUUUUAAAUACUGCAGGCAAGUGGCCCAGACGUGUCGAUGAAAGUAUUUUAGAAAGGUCAUUUUACUUCAAGACAUUUCUUGAUGUUAAAAAAUAUUGGGUCGACGUUACCAUAAUAAGUUCAAACACUACAAUAAAUGUAACAAAACGUGAAUCACUUAAAUUAAGACAUCCAUUACGAAGUGAGACUGAUGUAGAAUCGUUUGACAAUGGGGAACGUCUCGGUGAUGGCUUGGGCCCUUGUGGAUUUGAUUCAAGUAUAUUUAUGGAUAUUCCAAGGUUAUGGCGUAAAUUUGUGUUUAAACCUCCAAACAUAGCGGCGCCUCCUAAAAGAUUGAAGAGGAUAGUAAAGAAGAAAAUUCGAAAACCUAAAAAAGUGGUGAAUGUAGAAACUUUGGUAUCUAAAGUAGAUAAGAGGAAGAGACCUCCAGAUUCUCCUGCUCUGAAAUGGUCAAAUUUUGAGGAUAAAAUCAUAAUGUUGUGCAAGGCAGCUAUUACUGUACUUAGUCCUACAUCGCAGCCGGGCUCAUUAAGAGUUAGAAACAUUGUAGCGAGGGACCUACUGUCAAUGAUGGACCCUAAUAAAACUGCCGCUUCUUGCCACAAAAGAUCCAUAGUACUCGAAUCAAAUUCAAUAUUGGCAUACGAAAAAGAUAGCAUUAUCAAUGAAAUGAGACGUCACCGAGAUCUGGUAAAGAAAUACGAUGGUCUUUUAAAACAUUUGAGACAUCGUCAUAACACGAGCACAGCUAAAUAUAUUAGUGAAGCCAGAUUGCCAUUACUUGAAUUGAUCUGGAUCGCCUCUCAAAUCGAACGAUCCAAACCGUAUAUUAAACGAAUUCCAUGUAUCGCGUUGAACUUCGAUGAUUUUAGCAAAAACUAUACCGUUGCUCCAACGUCUUCAAAUAAACCUUACAAUGUAUAUCGAACACCGAUUACCUGUGAGCCUGAAUUCGCUACUUUGAAAGAAGGAAUACUCCUAUCAGUUACGCUGUCCAUUAAGAAUCAGGUAUCCAUAGAGACAGCGCAGAAAAUAUAUAAUAUAUUCGAAGUUUAUCCUGAAUCAACGUUGAGGAGUGCGCUGGAUCAACUAAGAAAAGGUGGUGCAAUAGCAGCAAGAGACAAAUGCAUGAAUAACAAUAUGAAACAAAUUCAUUUCGACGACAUUGUUGAGUCUUCGUACAGAAUUUCGGCUGCUUAUCGUCGUAAAAUGGUCAAUAGAUUUGAGUUGGACUUUAUUGUCAAUCUAGCAGAUGUUUUUAGUAGUAAACUUCCACAGAAAGGUAUAAAGGGAACCUGUGAGAUUAACUGUUUGCUGUGCGAAAUGACUGCCUGCGGUAUAAUAGAAAUAAAAUCAGAUGCAGUACCCAUGGUCACAGGUUCCGUCGGCUCUAUAAUGCAAGAAGAGCAAAUGAAUGUUAUCGACAUAGAAACAAAGUACAAAUUAAAAUCUGGUACGGUAGGGUGGAAGGGCAAACACAAUAUGGAGGUUUUUACAGAAUUCUACGAGAGCAUAGAUUAUAAAAGGAUUUUAGAUGCGAUUUCAAAAGAGAGUGUUGUGACGUUUUCCGACAUUGAUAUUGCCUACGAUAUGAAAGACCCGAUAAUCAUAUAUUUGGAAGAUAAGGGAGUGAAAGGUAGCACUUUUCAAGAAUUACUGGUACACUUAUCAACUGAUCGAAAAGUGUUGGUUGAUAGACUUAAGGAUCUUGAGGCGAAAAAAAUCGUGAAAAGAGUUGGGUAUUACGAGAAUUUAAUAACGCUUACGAAAUACGCGAUACCUAUGCUACUACAAAUCGAACCUAACUUUCAUAUUAUACCUACACCAUGGCUGACCCUUGAUGGUCAGAUACGAGCUGAUAUAUUCAUUAAAUGGACGAGUGUUAUAGUCAAUAAAAUAUUUGAAUCACCAGGCUGUUCUAUUGAAUUUCUGUGUAACAAUAUUGAAUGCAUUUCAAUUAGAAGUGUUCAAGACAUAUGCACGUUUUUGCAUGAAUGCGAAUGUGCCAUAUUGAGAUGCAAUGAGAAGAGACCAGUUGACUUGUUUUCAGAAGAUGAUGAAGUGCCAGAGUUAUACAAUUAUAACCCUUACGAAUCACCGGAUAAUAUUUUAGUGUUUCCAGUCAAAAAUGUGCUGACUAGAUACGCUUGUUUAAGGAGAAAAGUUUCUAAUGAAACUGAUCCCAUUGUAACAUAAACAUUAGUAAUAAGUAUUGUUUAUAUUGUGGAAUAAAUCGAAACUUUAGGAUAAUUUUGCUUUAAAUAAAAAAAAUGU